AUGUCGCACUCAAAACCCUCUAUCAUCAUUGUCCCCGGCUCGUUCAGCCUCCCGGAGUUCUAUGACACGGUUGUCGAUGGCGUAGCAUCCAAAGGCUACGAGGUCAAGGCCAUCCGUCUCCGGAGCACCGAGAAGCUCCAACCACCCGCAACCAUGUACGACGAUGCGGCCGCGAUUGCGCGCGAGGUCGCGACACUGGUCGAUCAGGGAAAGGAGGUGAUCCUGGUGGCUCACUCGUACGGUGGGGUGCCUAGCAGCGAGAGCAUUAAGGGACUAGCCAAGACAGAGGGAUCCGGGAAGAUUGGCGGGGUCGUAAAGUUGGCGUAUCUCACCGCGCUGGUGCCGCAGUUGGGCGCUGCCUCGGCGGAUGUGCUGGCUGAUAUUCCGGCUGAAAAUCUCGUCGAAUUACAGGUUGAUGAAGAGGGAUACAUGUUUUUCGCUGAUAACGCCGCGGCCGCUGCACUAUGCUACUCGGACCUUCCGGCCGCUGAGGGUAAAGCGUGGAUGGAGCGGUAUCCCCAACACUCGGCUGUCAGCUUCACGAAUCCUUUGAGCUAUGCUGGGUAUAAGGAUGUACCUGUUUCGUAUUUGCUCUGCGCGGAUGAUAAGGUGAUUCCAGCUCAAGUGCAGAAAAAGCAGAUAGAGAUCAUUGAGAAAGAGACGGGUAGGGAGGUGGAUGUGACGGUGAUUCCAACGGGCCAUAUUCCUAUUGCUAGCGCGCCUGAGAAAGUGGCAGAUUGGAUUGCAGGCCUGGCAACCCAGUAUGAGAAGGCUGAAUAG